AUGUCGACAUCCACCGCAGCUGUAAUUAUACCCUCAAGUUCCACAAGUUUGACAGAAAUGUCUACAUCAGGAACAAGUUUGUCCUCAAGUUCCACAAGUUCAAAUGAAAUGUUGAUAUCCACCACAGCCACAAGUGUUCCCUCAAUUUCCACAAGCUCUACUGAAAUGUUGCCAUCAACCCCAUUUAUCCUGUCAAGUUCUGCAAGUGCAUCUGACAUGUCUACAUCAGGAACAAGUUUGUCUUCAAGUUCCACAAGUUCAACUGAAAUGUCUACAAUAGGCACAAGCAUGUCAUCACUACCUACAAGCAGUACUGAAAUGUCUACACCAGCCACAAAUUUCUACAAGUUUGACAGAAAUGUCUACAUCAGGAACAAGUUUGUCCUCAAGUUCCACAAGUUCAAAUGA